ACGUAAAAGGGGCGUAGUAACGGGCCGGUGCUGACCUGUCAGUCCCGUGCCGGGUGUCGGAUGGUGCACGACAAGCAAGUAUCCUAUCUGAAAUUAUUAUAUAUUACUGUACGACGUUCAUUAUGCGAUAAAUAUACUCAUUCUGUCGCCUUUUCCAUCGAAACCUGGACGGAAAUGUACCGUGUUGCCAAGGAGAUAUCCAGACACAGAUGACACCGGUGUGAUUUGAUUUGACGUUACGUUUAACUGACACGUUGAGCUCGUUGUUUGUGUCGCUACCGACAUCGCUACAUUUCACCAGUUUACUGUUAAAAUAAUGCGUCAGGCGUUUGUGCGGCACGUCCGCCGGUUUCCGUGGGUGACCAACGUGACUCUGUACGGCUGCCUGUUCGCCGGAGGAGACUUCGUCCACCAGUGGUUCUCCCGGAGGGAGCAAAUGGACUGGAGACACACGCGGAACGUCGCCGUGGUCGCCUUCACUUUCCACGGCAACUUCAAUUUCUUCUGGAUGCGGUUCCUGGAGCGGACGUUCCCCGGGAACUCCGCCCGGAUGGUGCUGAGGAAGCUGCUGCUGGACCAGAGCACCGCGGCUCCGCUGGCCACCAGCGUCUUCUACACAGGAGUCAGCUUCUUAGAGGGCAAGGAGGACAUCUUUGAAGACUGGAGAGAAAAAUUCCUGAAUACAUAUAAGACGGGGCUAAUGUUCUGGCCAUUUAUGCAGUUCCUGAACUUUGCCUUGGUGCCUCUGUACGUGCGGACCACCUUCACCGGCUGCUGUGCCUUCGUCUGGGCCACCUUCCUCUGCUUCUCCCGCCAGAGCGGAGACGGGACUGCCGGUGCUGCUCUCACCUGGAUGUUCCCUCCUAAAGGGGACGAAGCAGAAUCCACACAGGAGAAAGUAGACUCCAAGGACAAGACAGAUGCACCGAAACCUACUGAGAAAACUCGAGGACUCGUUGUAACCUGGUUUCGGCGCGCGGGCACCGACUGCACCGACAUGGAGCUGAAGAAAUCUAUUUCGGACACCGAGCGCGCGCUCAGGAGCUACGGCGCCGUGUCGGAAACGGCAUGGACCACGGACAAAGGUCACUCAGAUGUGUCCAUGGCGGAGAGCACCAUGGCUCCAGAGGAGAUCGAGAUGGAGAUGGCUCGUAUCCAGCGCCUGAGAGAGGUCCUGGUACGCCGGGAGUCGGAGCUGCGCUUCAUGAUGGACGACAUUCAGCUCUGCAAAGACAUCAUGAGUUUAAAGCAGGAGCUGAGACAGAUUGUCACAGUACCAGAGAAAGAAAAAAACAAGAAGCACAAGCAGCGGGAAGAAGAGCUGAUCCUGAAGAUUCAUAAGCUGGUGCAGAAGAGGGAUUUCCUGGUCGACGACGCCGAGGUGGAGAGAUUAAGGGAGCAAGAAGAGGACAAGGAGAUGGCUGAGUACCUCAGACUGAAGCUCAUGCCUCUGGAGAAGAAGCUCAAAGUCACACAAAAUCCUCCAAAGCCCAAGAGACAAAUCCCCGAGCCGCCUCCGAACAAACCAUCCAUCACCAAGUCAGGAGUGGCCAUCAUCAAGGAUUGCUGUGGAGCCACCCAGUGUGCCGUCAUGUAACUGACACGGACUCUUUAUGACCCCGUGUCAGAAACAACACACAUCACAUCACAUUAUGGAAGUAAAUCUGUGUCUUCGGAGUUUAAAAUAAAAAAGACGUUGAAUUUCUAGCACUGAAUAUUUCUGCAUUGAAAUUAUGUAUCUGAAUGUUUUUCAACGUUAAAAAUUCAACCUCAAAAAAUUCAACCGCAAAAAAUUCAACCUUAAAAAAUUCAACUGCAAAAAAUUCAACCUCAAAAAAUUCAACCGCAAAAAAUUCAACCUCAAAAAAUUCAACUGCAAAAAAUUCAACCUAAAAAUUUGUGU